CGCCGGUGCCCGCCGCCGAAAUCCCUCCGGAUGGCACCGAGCUCGGCGUGGAGCGGCGCUUCGUGCCCGAGAGCUGCCCGCGGGCCGUGCGCCCCGGGGACUUCGUGCGCUACCACUACCUCGGCGCCUUCCCCGACGGCACCCGCUUCGACUCCAGCUAUGACAGGGGAUCCACAUUCAACGUGUUUGUGGGCAAAGGUCAGCUCAUUGCUGGGAUGGACCAAGCUCUGGUGGGCAUGUGUGUGAACGAGCGUCGGUUUGUGAAAAUUCCCCCUAAGCUUGCCUAUGGAAGUGAAGGUGUCCCUGGUGUGAUACCCCCCAAUGCUGUGCUCCAUUUUGAUGUGCUCCUGAUCGAUCUGUGGAACUCGGAGGACGAAGUGCAGGUUCAGACUUACUUCAAACCCGAGAAGUGUCCUCGGACAGUGCAGGUGUCUGACUUUGUGCGGUACCAUUACAAUGGAACAUUCUUAGAUGGGACUCUGUUUGAUUCAAGCCAUAAUCGGAUGCGAACUUAUGAUACCUAUGUGGGAAUUGGGUGGCUGAUUAACACCUGCUGUUUCUUACCAAUUUUUGUAGGUAAGGAGAUCCCUGGGCAAGCUUCCCUUGUCUUUGAUGUGGUUUUGCUGGAUCUACAUAACCCCAAGGAUGGUAUUUCUAUUGAGAACCAGCUUGUGCCUGAAGCUUGUGAACGGAGAAGCCAGACAGGAGACUUUGUCCGAUACCAUUACAAUGGUACACUUUUGGAUGGCACAUUAUUUGAUUCCAGUUACUCGCGAAACCAUACAUAUGACACCUAUAUUGGGAAAGGUUAUGUGAUUGCUGGAAUGGAUGAAGGUUUGCUAGGUGUAUGCACUGGUGAAAAAAGAAGAAUAAUAAUCCCCCCUCAUCUUGGAUAUGGAGAAGAAGGGAGAGGAAAGAUUCCAGGAUCUGCAGUGCUGAUCUUUGACAUCCACGUGGUGGACUUCCACAACCCCUCAGAUUCGGUCGGCAUUACUGUUCACUACAAACCUUCCAACUGCACUGUACUGAGCAAGAAGGGAGAUUACCUGAAAUACCACUACAAUGCUUCGCUCCUGGAUGGAACCUUGCUGGACUCCACGCACAGCCUUGGCAAGACCUACAACAUAGUUCUGGGAUCUGGUCAGGUGGUGCUGGGGAUGGACAUGGGCCUUCAGGACAUGUGUGUUGGGGAACGACGGACAGUUGUUAUCCCACCUCACCUUGGUUAUGGAGAAGAUGGAGUUGAAGGAGAAGUGCCUGGAAGCGCUGUAUUAGUUUUUGACAUAGAACUGCUGGAAUUGGUGUCCGGCUUGCCUGAAGGAUACAUGUUUGUAUGGAAUGGGGAAGUCUCUCCCAACCUUUUUGAAGAAAUAGACCAGAAUCAUGAUGGAGAGGUUCUUUUGGAGGAGUUUUCAGAGUACAUCCAAACUCAAGUUGAUACUGGCAAAGGAAAAUUAGCUCCUGGCUUUGAUUUUGAAAAGAUCGUUAAAAAUAUGUUCACCAAUCAAGACCGGGAUGGAAAUGGUAAAGUUACUGCUGAAGAAUUCAAGUUGAAAGAUCAAGAGGCCAAAGAGGAGCACGAUGAACUGUAAAGAUAAGGAAAAAAAAAAAAAAGAGUCCUGAGCUGACCUACUGUUCAAACAUGUGUACCAGAAGGAGUUUUGGCAAGCAUGGCUUUGGAAGGAGAGCCCUCAGAUAGCCUGUGUCUGCCUUUGCCUGGGUGUGGGUAGGCUGUUAAAAUAGGAAGAGAUUUUCAGUUGGAAUUGUUAGAUAUAUCUGAAAAAAGUGUUAAGUGCCUCAAGGUGGGGUGUAUAGACAGGUAAGGAGUGUCCUGCUGUAUGUGGUGCCAUGAACCACAUGUGUAUGUGGGGUCUGCUUUUAUGCUAAAGAUCCAAGGUUCUCAUUGAAUAAUACACGGUCAGCUGGAUGGAUGGUAGAGAGAAAACCUACCAAGUGCUUUUAAAAGAGUUUUAAAAAAACUUCUGUAUCAGAAAUAUUUGUGUAGGAAAAUGAAUCAAAAUAUUCCCCAUAACAAUAACCCAUAAAAAUUGUCUGCUGUUGUUCCCAGCUCCUUUCAGAAGGCAUGAGCAGUCUUCCCAGUAACUGAACAAACUCAUAGGGAUUUUUGCCAGCAGAAAAUCUGAUUUGCAAAUUGAUGAACAUGACUGUGCCAUUGCAGAAUUUACAUAAGCUGUGACUUAAAUUAAACAGACCUAGAACUGAUACUGUGUAUGUGUUGGGUUUUUACCUCAUGGAAUAAAAGUUUCCUACCAUUUGUACUGUGUUGAAUUAGUAUCCUUGAGUCUUGCUGGCAAGUGUUCCCAUUAGUCAUUCCAAAACCUUUCUAUUUGCAACCUUAUUUAUAGUUUUGUUAGACAUUAAAUAGUAAUGUACAGGGUCCAGAUGCUGUCAUAAAUACUGGACAGAGUGGAUUUUGCAUUGGGCUUCUGUCUUCUGUUUUGGGAAUUGAUAAAGAAGUAAGUGCUUAGAGUUUAAGCAGCAGAGCAGUCUGCAGUGGCAAACAAACAGACAGGCAGAGAUGGAAUCAAGAAACAGGCCCAUCUGUUUGUGUGUGCUAACAUUCUGGCCCAGCCCUCAACACAAAGUCAGCCCUGGGAGUGCUGCUCAGAUUCUGUGACUUGAGACAGUCACCCGUUAGCUCGACAAAAGCAGCAGAGCUGCUCAGUACUAAUUACAUGAAACAGACCCAUUUUCUGUAAGGCCGUGGGAUCCCCCUCAGUACACAGCAUGCAAAGAGCACAAACACAUAGAGUGAGACACUGUCAAAGAGGAGUGGGAAGGGAGUUGUGUUUCCAUUAUAAGCUUUGUGUCUAGUUUCUUGCUUUCCUUGAUCUGUACAUGUGGGAUGUAAGCUCCCUGAGAUGCUCUUUCUAAAAAUUUGUAUUUCAGUUGGAUGAAAACAUUCUGUAUUGGUUUUUAAUGCAGUUCUUGCAAAAAGGGCAGUGAAAUAUUUUUUUGAGUUUGAUACCAUUAAAUGUUGGAUAACUGAUCUUUUUGUUAAAUAAAAUGUUGAUCAACUAUUACUUUUAAA